AUGCUUCAGGAUAUAGGAGAUUGUUCCUUUGUUGCCCUAGAUUUUGAAUUCUCAGGGAUAUUCAACCAGAAGUUACGUCCGGCUGCAUCUUAUACGGAUGGCGAUCUCAGCUUACAGAAGCGGUAUGAAGAAGUGAAGCAAGCUGCAGAGGAGUAUCAAAUCCUCCAGGUUGGGAUCACUCUCGUGAUUGAAGACAAGGGAGUUCCGUAUAUCUCUCAGAAAGAGGAACAAGCUGUGAAAGAUCGAGUACGCCAGGGUAACUCCGGGGUAUCUCUAAUCAACCUGAACACACUGGGCGAAGACCAAGUAGAGUUCAUCAGACAAGUCCGUCAAGAUGUCAACGAGUGGAUCGAGAAGGAUAACCCAAAGGACACUUAUUUGAACAUUCCAAAGCCCACUUGCUUGACCACUGCCAACAAACUGUCGAUGGAGCUGGACAACUAUCAAAAACGACUUGUCCACCAGAUAAUCAGAAGCGAGUACCCCGGCUAUGUUAGCAUGGGCAAAAAGUCUUUUGUUCAGAUAAUCCCAUACGACAAGGAACGAGAGACUAAGGUCGCUGAAAAGAAACUCCUCCGGGCUCGCAGCAAUAUAGCCAAUCAGAAAGGGUUUAGCUGGGUGAUUGAAGCUUUGACCCGUGGAGAGCUGUCCGGGCUUGAUCUGAGGUUCUUCUGGAGACCCGAUGGAAUGUUCACAGCGGCUGAGGGGAGUAAACUUACAAAGCAGAGUGAGAUCAUCAGGGAGAAGCUAAAAUCUGGACAGCCGGUUUUGGUAGGACAUAAUCUGUUCACGGACCUUGUCAAUUUCUACAAGUGUUUCAUUGGUGACCUGCCUGAACGUGUGGCUGAUUUCCAGCGGGCGAUUCACGAAUUGUUCCCUCUGAUCGUCGAUACGAAGUACAUGGCCACGCAUGGGGGCCUGUUACGAGAUGGAUUUUCGGCGUUGUCGACGCUGAAUGAAACCCUGGGGUCAAGGGAGGUCCCUAAAUCUGCAAUUGAUCCCGAUCAUUCGGGAUACUCUGCCAGCGCCCCUAUGCAUGAAGCGGGGUACGACAGCCUUAUGACUGCUCAAAUUUUCUUGAAGCUAGCGGUGCAGUUGUAUGAAACGAGUAGCUCACGAAAGGCACUCAUACAACAGACCAAUGGGGCCGCUGCCGGGAUUGAGCUCAUGGAUCUAUCAACCAAGCCCGAUGAACCCCGUAAGCAUGAUGAUGCGAAGUCGACACAGGAUAAGUUCGUGUAUGGCCAUGCAACGAGGUUCGAUCUGCUUUUGGAUAUGGAGGCGGAAGACAAUAUCUCCGCGGGCUCUGCAGAGGAGGAUAGCCCUGUGGACCAGAAAAUAAUUGAAGGCAAGCUCCUUCCCCGAUUUGACGACGAGUUUUGGACAGAGUAUGCGAACAAGCUCAGGGUAUUUGGAACAGCGGAGGAAAUCACGACCAUCGGGCUAACCGGCCGAAAGACGAUCGUCGCCGAAUCACCACCGACGCAAGAGGUUCAGGCCAUGAAGUCACCGAAUAUACUCCGUCUGCCUGCGUUUUAUUGA